GCAGAAACGCUCAGGGUUGCAACAGAAACACCCGCCGCAUUUUUUCUUUGCAUAUUUAUAGACGCAUCGUAUCCCAUUUCUAUUCUUACCAAGGUUCGAGUUAUUUUUGAGGCCAGUUGCAUGCAUUGUUCGUCUCCAAAAAUGGUUUGCGAGACAAAAAUUGUUGCGGAUGAACACGAUGCCAUACAAGGGACAAAAAAAGAUUCUAUUAUCCUUUCCUCCUCGCAAAUGUGGACUUCUUCCACACCGGCACCGAAUCCUCUCGAGGAAAAUGAUGUGAGGAAAGAUACGGUGUUGAUCCGCGAGUUUGAGCGCACGGACCAUGUGGAAGUGCGCCGCAUCUUUUAUGAGGGGAUAAUGGAGAGAAUACCCAACACCGCGUUCAGAGGCAUAUUACAGCAAAGUCAAACCCAAUUCGUAUAUGCUCUUCUGACACUGAUGUGCUUUGUUGUGACCAAAUCCCUCGCGCUGACCUGCUGCGCGCCGUUCCUUCUCAUGGGCGCGCGCUACUUCUACAGCCACAAAGUCAUCCACAGCUAUCUGGCCUGCGCGCUCCACACUGACAUGGCAGACAUCGAGGAGUAUUACAUGAAACCUACAGGCUCAUGUUUCUGGGUGGCGGUGCUGGAAGGUCAGGUGGUCGGCAUCGUGGCGGCGCAGGGCCGGGAGGACGACAACACGGUGGAACUACGCCGCAUGUCGGUGGACUCGCGCUUCCGCGGCAAGGGCAUUGCCAAGUUGCUGGGGCGUCGUGUGCUAGAGUUCGCCAUGCAUAACAACUACGCCGCCGUCGUCCUGGGAACCACCGCCGUCAAGAUGGCUGCCCACAAGCUGUAUGAGUCACUGGGCUUCCGGCGGACCGGCGGUAGCGAGGAUUACAUGCUGCCCGGAAUGAGCCGCUCGCCGCAAGAGAGGCUCUUCUUCCAGAUCCGUUACCAACGCUACCGUCUGCAGCUCCGUGAGGAGUGAGGGAUGAGAGAGAGGGAUGGAGAGAGAAAGGGGGAGAGAGCAACGACACCACCUCCUCGAGGCAGAGCCCCUCGCCCAACGAGCCUCGACCAAGUCCUUCUCCUCUGACAACUUUAUUUAUUUUAUAUUAUUAGAGUUACUUCUUCUUACUACUACUGUUUCUAUUAAUUCCUCUUAAGUCACUAACUUUUUAUUGGUUUUAGUUUAUUUUUAUUUAUUUUUUACAUUUUGAAUUUAGUGCCCCCCCGAGUACAUUUAUUGAAUUUUUUUACCCUGUCCUGUUGUUAAAAAAAAAAAAAUCCCUAACAUAUAUAUCACCAUCCCAUGCCUUUUCAAAUGACAUCAUCAACUGAGUGUUCCCUUUGCUUUUGAUACCAUGUGAUUGUUCCUUACCGUAUUCAUUACCUCUACCAGCCCUCCAACAUCUACCCCCUCCUGAUCAAUACGUGGCAUUUCUAUCUCAAACGCACCGUCGUCUCUCAUUAGCCCACUUAAGCCCUCUCCAUUGUCACAACAACGUGUGUACCCAAAAAGACCUAGACAAAAAGACUAAGUAGGUUGGCAUUUGUCCAGCCACUUCAGCACAGCCCAUAUACCAGCAGCCCUGUGGAGAGACAAGAGGAACAAAUCAAAUCAAAUGUUAUUGGUUGCUUACACGUAUUUGACGGAUGUGAACACAGGUGCAGAGAAAUGCUUGUGUUUCUAGUUGCAACAGUGCAGUAAUAUCUAACAAUACAAAACAAUACACACAAAUCCCCCCCAAUUAAAAAUAAAGGAAUUAAGAAAUAUCGGGAUGAGCAAUGUCAGAGUCCGGAAUAUAAAUAUAUAUAUGUAUAUGAUUGUGUGUAUAGACAGUAUAUGAAUAGAAACGGUGUGUACAGCAGUAGUUGUAUAGGAUGACGAGAAUACAAGAUAUACAUAUGAAGGGGGUAUGUAUAUAGGGCAGCAGUCUCUAAGGUGCAGGGUAGAGUACCAGCUGGUAGCCAGCUAGUAAUAAUGACUAACGUUCAGGGCAGGGUACUGGGCAGAGGCCGGCUACUGGUGACUAUUUAACAGUCUGAUGGCCUGGAGAUAGAAGCUGUUCCUCAGUCUCUCCUUACCCCAGCUUCGAUGCACCUGUAGUGUCUCCGCCUUCUAGAUGGUAGCAGGGUGAACAGGUCGUGGCUCUGGUGGCAGGACACGUACUGUGCAGUCGGGUGGCAGGACAUGUACUGUGCAGUCGGGUGGCAGGACAUGUUCUGUGCAGUUGGGUGGCAGGACAUGUACUGUGGAAUCGGGUGGCAGGACAUGUACUGUGGAAUCGGGUGGCAGGACAUGUACUGUGCAGUCAGGUGGCAGGACAUGUACUGUGCAGUCAGGUGGAGGGACAUGUACUGUGGAAUCGGGUGGCAGGAAACAAGCACACACAGGCUGCAUCUCCUAUUCCCUAUAUAUUGUACUACUUUUGACCACACUAUGCAGUUUCCUAUCACUCCUCCUCCAUCUUUCUGAUAUCCUCCCUUCCACUAUCUCCUCCUCCCUCUAUCUCUUCCUCCAUCUUUCUGAUAUCCUCCCUUCCACUAUCUCCUCCUCCCUCUAUCUCCUCCUCCAUCUUUGAUCAUGUUCUUAUCCCCUCAUUCAACACAGUAUCAGAAUGGAUUCUAUAGAAUGACAAUGGUUCCUAAUUCUAUGAUUCCAUUCUACCUACAUGGGAACUAUGGAGAUGGUCUCUAAUUGGUUGGGAAAACAAGAGGGUAGUUCAGGCUAGGGAUACCCAUGCAGGGUGAAUAUUUAAGUGUCAAUAUUGAACAUAUUACUCAUUUAAUCAUGGGAUUUUCUAAUGAGUAAAUUAUUUAAUCUAAUUCAACUUGAUUCAUAUGUGUACUUAUCAAUUGUUUACUAAUUGAAUCAAGAUAAAUUCUAACAUUUUUAAUAAGUUUGGAAUUUCAUUAAGGAUAAAUUCAAGAUUUUUAUAGUCACACACAUUUGAUGGAAGCAUUGCUACAUAGUAGUAUGCACAUUUUAUGGAUACAGCUACAAUUACAAAGUAAUCGCAAUCUAGUAUAUAUUCAAUCCAGGUCAUUGGAGAAAACUACUUGGGUAGGCCUAAUACAUUAUUUGCAAUAUUUGCGGACUUAAAGUAUAUGUAGUCGACCUAACAAAAUGCAUCUGAGCACAAAUUUAUCCAUUUGAAUUUAAAUACAAUACUAUAUCCAAUUUACAGGUAUAUUUCUAUCCUUCUGUGUAUGUGUUAAUGUGUACACAGUUGGAAUACUAUACCGUAUGUAGCUGACAAACCCAAAAGGCAACCCCCUCUCUCCCCGUCAUAACGAUAACCACUCUCAUCUCCAUCCUCCUAUCACAGACAGAACCAGCAGAGGGAGAGAUACAACUUCUAUGAGCCCAAGAACUUGUCAUACUUGUACAAAGAUAAAGAAAUUAAAUGUGAAGAAAAAAAAUGAAAAUAAAAACAUAUAGACCAAAAAGAUAUUGCGCUGAUCCCCAUAGCCUUGACUUCUGACCCUUCCCCACUCCCUCUAUCCUUGACUUCUGACCCCCCCACUUCCCCUAGCCUUGACCUCUACCCCCCCACUCACCUUAGCCUUGACUUCUACCCUCCCCCACUCCCCCUAGUCUUGACUUCUACCCCCACUCCCCCUAGUCUUGACUUCUACCCCCCCACUCCCCCUAGUCUUGAC